AUGCUCUUAGAUCCAUGCAGUAAUAACGAUAUCAUUGCAAAUGCUGAGAAACGUUCAUCUGGAUACCCGAUUGACUUAUCCAAAGAUACGCCUAUAAAUGACGUGUUUCUGUCUGAUGGAUGGUACAAGGUUGAAAGCAGUAUUGAAAGUUCUAUGCCAAGAGAAGCACCAGGACCCUUGAAGUGUGGAACGUGGUAUCCAAUCUGGUUAAAUGGAUCGCAAAAAAUUCCAUGUCCAGAUGGACAGUCAUCGGAAACAGGAUAUUACCCAGACUGCUCUGCCAACUACCCAAAGGUUACACUAAUUCCAACUGUCGUUGUUGAUUUGAUUCUUGGACCAGUAAUUCGAAAUCUCCCAUAUUUUGAGGAAAGUCUUCAGACGGCAUUUAGUUGUCAAUUCAACAGAGUUGAAGCAGAAUAUUAUGAUGUCCACUGGUAUAUCAAUGAACAAACAGUUACAACGUUUAAGAAUGUCUUAUUCGAUAAUAUUGAAGAUACAAAUCUUACAGAGGUUGAUUGGGUUGGAAAAUACAAGCUAAAUAUGGUGCCUGAAAAAUAUGAAUACCAGGUAAAAGAGAAUGAAACAAUAGAAAUAAAAUUGCAAAGCACGUUUCCAGUUGGGUGUGUGGUAGGGAACUCGGAAACAAACAGAAAAGCUUGCCAGUACAAAAUGCACUUGACUUAUUCAAUGUAUCAGAAGAAGAGCGAUCCCAAAGACGAUAAAUAUGACAAAAAUACAUGCAAGGGAAAUGUUCAACAAGAAGAUCUAGCUCUUAAAAGGCAAUCGUGUAAUAUUAGUAUUCCAUGUUUUGCAUGGAAUGAACCUAUCAUCAUAAAUGUUACAGGAUAUAUCAAUGGCAGAUACGAUUCCGAGGACAGAAUAUCGUAUUUAAAAUUGAAAGGGCAAGAUGGAAUGCAUACUCCAGGAUUAGCUUCUCCUUGGGAUGAUAGUGAAACUCCGGAAAUUAAGAUUUUAGUUACCGAUGUAGAACAUACGAUGGCUGGAAGAGUUUGUCAAUCAUACAACGACCCUCAUUUUUACACAGCAGAUAGACUUUAUUGGGAUUAUUACGAACAAGGAGAAUUUAUACUUUACAGGCAUAAAACUUUGCCGUACCAGGUAAAUGCUCUUUUUGGAAAAUGCAACUCUGUUGCAUCAUGUAAUUGUGGAAUAGCCAUAAGGAGUGGUAGUUCAAUGUUUGUGGUAAGAACAUGUGAUGAAAUAACGAGGUACUCAACACAUACGCAUCCUCCUCUAAUAGAAAUGAGAGCCUGUGACGAUGCAACUAUGACUAUUGAAGAAAACGGAAACACAUACACGGUCACUUUACCUUCUGGAACGGAGAUCAAAUUUUCCACCUAUUACUACUAUUGGAUGGGACACUUCAUAUCACAUAUACAGGUCAAACCAUCAAUACUAGAUGUUGAAAAUUCAGAAGGUCUGUGUGGUAGGAUUACAAAUGGAACUCGAAAUAGUGCUGACGACUUUACUUUAAGAGAUGGAAGUACAUUACAUCCUAGUUACUAUAAUGGUUACACAUUUAGUAGGAACUGGAGGGUUAAAGAAAACGAACAUUUUUUUGUUGAUAAACCAUUAAUAUUAAGUGAAAAUAUUAAUCUUCGGCAGUAUUGUAUCUGCGGUGAUAGUACUCCAGAGAGGGAGACUUUUCGUUGUGGUUUGGAAGCGCCACUACAAAGUUGUUUAUCACAAACAGCUAAUGCAGGAAAUUUUCAUACAACUUGCUCAUUAUUGCGACGUAGGCGGUCGAUAAAUGGCAAUGGAACAGUAAGUGCAACCGACAGUGAUGAUGUCAUCGACAACAAACAACUGAUUAUUGCAGACGACGACGAACUAAACGGUGAAAUUCCACCAGAGACAAACACUGAAUGGCCAGCAGGUUGGACAAAGAAUUUGGCCCAAUCAACCUGUGAAUCAAAUUUAAAGAAAGAAAUACUUGAAGAAGCACUGGAAGUUGCACAUACUUCAAUUGAUGGUUAUAUCAAAACGUGCAUGUCCGAUAUUCAGUUGGCAGGAGACACCCGAUUUCUUCAGGACACCAUUUCUACUGUUCGUCAGACUGUAUAUUCCGAAAUUGUGAGAAACCAGUCAUUGUUUACAAGAAAUAACACAAAUGACACAACGUCAGAUUCAACAAUGUCUGUUGCAGAAAUGUUGCUUAGUGGACUUUGUAGCAACAACUGUAGCCAAAACGGAGAAUGUCAAAAUGGGAUAUGCAAGUGCAAUACCGGUUUUGGAAAGGAAGAUUGUUCAGAAGACCUGUCCACGCCUCCAUCAAACAUAAGUAUACCACUGAACGGAAUAUGCAAUACAAGAGAGAGAUUGUGUGCCAAAACAAAUAUUCAAGGCGUUUUCAGUUCAAGGAACAUAACAUGUCUAUCGCGACAUUUUCAGAUAAGGAAUGAUGGGUCUUGGAACUAUACUGCUAGUCAACAGAUGUACGCUGCUGAAUAUAAGAAUACGUAUCUAGUUGCAUGUGAUCUGCCUUCAUCUGGACGACGAAAGAGAUCACUUUCAACAACAGUGAUAGCAGAUGGAUAUGAAAUAAAUUUGUCAAAUGAUGGAACUAACUUUGGCGAAGACGUGAAAAUCAUAAUUUAUGACCAAGAUUGCUUUUCCUGUGACAUUGCAAAUCUGUCAUGCGUCUCUCUGGAUUCAUGUCCAGACAAGUUAACUUCUGCUUCUCAAACCAGCUCUAUUGAAAUUGAGGGAGGAGGUAGUAGUCCAGCUACGACUGAUACUGUAUCAAGUACGACAACUAAAGCUAAGACGUCGACAAACAUGAAGACGACAACAAUCCCUUCAACAUCAACUCCUUUCAUUGAUAAUGUGAACAAUUCAAGUAAUUCAAUAGCAAUAGUUGGAGGAUGUUUUGGUGUUUUACUGUUUAUGGUUCUGGCAAUUGGCGGAUUUGUUUUCUUCAAAAAGAAUUGCAAGAACAAAGGGCAUGGUAUCGAAAAUAUUAUCCAUGAGUAUACCGAUGACUUUUCAAAAGGUACUAACAAGUCAGAUAAGCCGCUAACCCAAUAUCAAAGGGAGAACACAAACGCAUCUGUGGGAAAUCUUUCCCUUGAUUUGGAAACUGACACAUAUUCUAGACCAAGAACUCCCGUGCAACUUUUUUAUGCUGGAAAAUAGCUUUGUAGUUAAAUUUAAGUUAUUUUGUAUCAUCAUUUACUGUAAUUAGUGUGCAUAAUAAUUUCCCCAAUCUAUCAUGUUUUUCCUAAUAAAAUUGGAGACUAUCAUUA